AUGAUUAUACGGAGGACUUGCCGCCAGCUCCUUGCUCUCAGCCAACGAGCCCCGGUCUCGAGUCGCUUCCAAUCGACAUUGCCAGAAACACCAGUCACACCGGUCCAGGCGGUACAAACAAGUCCCAAGGAUGAGAUUACUCGCCCGGAAAAUCCCCUCCUCGAGAUGGUGCAGGCGCAAGCAGGGGCCAACACAUCCGCACAGCAAGAAAUCGCAGCGGAAGAAUCGCAUAGAAAGAACUUUAGCAAGCUCGGCACAACCGUGAGAACCUUCUACGACCCCGAAAAUGUCAUCCGCAACCCUCCCAAGCCAUCCCAGAUCUCGCUGGAAAUGCUACUCGCAGCCCAAACCCACCUGGGCCACUCGACCUCACGCUGGAACCCGCAGAACUCGCGCUACAUCUUCGGUAUCCGCGAGGGUGUGCACAUCAUUUCGCUGGAUGUGACGGCCGCGUAUCUGCGCCGCGCCGCGAAGGUGGUGGAGGAAGUUGCCGCGCGCGGCGGACUGAUUCUCUUCGCCGGCACGCGGAAGGGCCAGAAGCGGGCUGUGGUCAAAGCCGCCGAGCUGGCGAAGGGUUACCACAUUUUCGAGCGGUGGAUCCCCGGUUCUCUGACGAACGGCGAGCAGAUUCUCGGCCACUGCGAGACGAAGGUUGUCAAUGCGUUGGAUGAGGAGUUGCCUGAUUUCAAGGCUGAUCUUGCGGAUCGGCCGUCUCUCAAGCCUGAUUUGGUGAUUUGUCUUAACCCUCUUGAGAACGUUGUCCUGCUGCAUGAGUGUGGAUUGAACAAUGUGCCCACUAUCGGUAUUAUUGAUACUGAUGCGGAUCCUACGCGCGUUACCUACCCGAUUCCUGCGAACGAUGACAGUCUGCGGGCUACCUGUCUUAUUGCGGGGAUUUUGGGUCGUGCUGGUGAGGCGGGUCAGGCGCGUCGGUUGAAGAUGGCGCAGGAGGGUCGCACUACCUACCAGCCUAUCAAGGCUGAGGUGCUGCAUCUUGAUCCGUUUACGGGUCAGCCUCCUGGUGGUGAGGGACAGAAGAAAUAG